CCCCUCUCUCUCUCUCUUCUCUCUCUCUCUCUGCAGAUUUUUUCAUUGGGGUUUGAGAAAAAUCAAACUCCAUUGAUUCAGACUAUCAACAACAUUGAUGCUAGCGGUGACGGUCCUCUUCAAUUGAAUUGUUGUUGCCGUAGUUUCUGCCGUCGGCGUUGUUCUGUUUCUCUCAGCUGUUGGAGAUGGGUGGUGAUACGGCUCUCAGCCUUGAAGGAAUUAAGAAUGAGACUGUCGAUCUGGAAAAGGUACCUAUCGAAGAGGUGUUUGAGCAGUUGAAAUGUAACCGUGAAGGUCUGACCACAGAUGAAGGAGCCACCCGGCUUGAAAUUUUCGGACCAAACAAAUUGGAAGAGAAGAAGGAAAGCAAAUUUCUCAAGUUUCUUGGGUUUAUGUGGAAUCCUUUAUCAUGGGUCAUGGAGGCUGCAGCUAUAAUGGCAAUUGCACUGGCUAAUGGAGGUGGGAAGCCACCAGAUUGGCAAGAUUUUGUUGGUAUCGUUUGCCUGCUUGUUAUCAACUCAACUAUCAGUUUCAUUGAAGAAAACAACGCUGGAAAUGCUGCUGCUGCACUUAUGGCAGGUCUUGCCCCCAAAACCAAGGUUUUGAGGGAUGGUCGUUGGAGUGAACAAGAAGCUUCCAUAUUGGUUCCUGGAGAUAUUAUAAGCAUCAAACUUGGUGACAUCGUACCUGCUGAUGCCCGGCUUCUUGAAGGUGAUCCUUUAAAGAUUGACCAAUCUGCCCUCACCGGUGAAUCUCUUCCCGUCACCAAGAAUCCAUAUGAUGAAGUGUUCUCUGGUUCAACUUGCAAGCAAGGUGAACUUGAAGCUGUUGUCAUUGCAACUGGGGUCCACACCUUCUUUGGGAAGGCUGCACAUCUUGUGGACAGCACAAACCAAGUUGGACAUUUCCAGAAAGUCCUAACAGCAAUCGGGAACUUUUGUAUUUGUUCCAUUGCUGUGGGAAUGGUUGUUGAGAUUAUUGUCAUGUACCCUAUCCAGCACAGAGAGUACAGAAAGGGAAUUGAUAAUCUUUUGGUCUUGCUUAUUGGAGGAAUUCCAAUUGCUAUGCCUACGGUUCUUUCAGUUACCAUGGCUAUUGGAUCACAUAGGCUCUCACAGCAGGGUGCUAUUACUAAGAGAAUGACUGCCAUUGAAGAAAUGGCGGGAAUGGAUGUUCUUUGUAGUGACAAAACAGGAACUUUGACACUUAACAAACUCUCGGUCGAUAAAAAUUUGAUCGAGGUAUUUGCCAAAGGUGUCGAUAAGGAGCAGGUGUUGCUUUAUGCUGCAAGGGCUUCUAGGACAGAAAACCAAGAUGCUAUUGAUGCGGCCAUUGUUGGAACCCUUGCUGAUCCCAAAGAGGCACGAGCUGGCAUCAGAGAGGUUCAUUUCUUCCCAUUUAACCCUGUGGAUAAGAGGACUGCUUUGACUUACAUUGAUGGUGAAGGGAACUGGUUUAGAGCUAGCAAAGGUGCACCUGAACAGAUUUUGACUCUCUGUGCCUGCAAGGAAGAUCUCAAGAAGAAAGUUCACGCCAUGAUUGAUAAAUUUGCUGAACGUGGUCUGCGAUCUUUGGCUGUUGCAAGACAGGAAGUGCCACAAAAAUCUAAAGAUAGCCCGGGUUCUCCAUGGCAAUUUGUUGGAUUGUUGUCCCUCUUUGAUCCACCAAGGCAUGACAGUGCUGAGACCAUUCGAAGAGCUCUCAACCUUGGUGUAAAUGUGAAGAUGAUUACUGGUGAUCAACUUGCCAUUGCUAAGGAGACUGGUAGACGUCUUGGUAUGGGAACAAACAUGUACCCUUCUUCUUCUUUGCUCGGUGGACACAAGGAUGAAUCAAUUGCAGCACUUCCUGUUGAUGAGUUGAUUGAGAAAGCUGAUGGAUUUGCCGGAGUUUUCCCUGAACACAAGUACGAAAUUGUGAAGAAACUACAAGAGAGGAAACACAUUUGUGGGAUGACUGGAGAUGGUGUGAAUGAUGCCCCUGCUUUAAAGAAGGCUGAUAUCGGAAUUGCUGUUGCUGAUGCUACAGAUGCUGCAAGAGGAGCUUCUGACAUCGUGCUUACCGAGCCUGGGCUCAGUGUGAUCAUUAGUGCCGUGCUUACCAGCAGAGCCAUUUUCCAACGGAUGAAAAAUUACACCAUCUAUGCAGUUUCUAUCACCAUCCGUAUUGUGUUUGGAUUUAUGUUCAUCGCUUUGAUAUGGAAGUUCGACUUCUCUCCUUUCAUGGUUCUUAUCAUUGCAAUUCUAAACGACGGAACAAUCAUGACAAUCUCAAAGGAUAGGGUGAAGCCAUCUCCAUUACCUGAUAGCUGGAAACUAAAAGAGAUCUUUGCUACUGGCAUUGUGCUUGGAGGUUACUUGGCAUUGAUGACAGUUAUCUUCUUCUGGAUCAUGAAGGAUACCGACUUCUUUUCGGAUAAAUUUGGAGUGAAAUCUAUCAGGACUAGUGAGACUGAAAUGAUGGCUGCUCUGUAUUUGCAAGUCAGUAUAGUGAGCCAGGCUCUGAUCUUUGUGACUCGAUCUCGCAGCUGGUCAUUUGUCGAACGACCUGGAUUUUUACUGAUGGGUGCUUUCUUGGCAGCACAACUGGUAGCAACUUUAGUAGCAGUUUAUGCAGAAUGGGAAUUUGCAAGAAUCAAAGGAGUUGGAUGGAAAUGGGCUGGUGUCAUCUGGCUUUACAGUAUCGUCUUCUAUUUCCCUCUCGACAUUAUGAAGUUUGCCAUCCGCUAUAUCCUUAGCGGCAAGGCUUGGCUCAACUUGCUCGACAAUAAGACCGCUUUCACAUCAAAGAAGGAUUAUGGACGAGAAGAACGAGAGGCUCAAUGGGCUCUUGCUCAGAGGACUUUACAUGGGCUUCAAGCACCAGAGACAUCUAAUAUCUUUCACGAGAAGAGCAGCUACCGAGAACUGUCUGAAAUUGCUGAACAGGCCAAAAGACGUGCCGAAGUUGCAAGGCUUCGGGAGGUACUUACACUCAAGGGUCACGUUGAGUCGGUGGUGAAACUGAAAGGUUUGGACAUUGACACAAUUCAACAACAUUAUACAGUAUGAGGGAGGAGAAAGUUUUGAUAAGGGAAAGGGGACACUUUUUUUUACCUUUAACUUAUUAUUACUGAAUCGUGGCCGGGAAGACCGUGUAUAAGCAUGGGGAGACGUGGUGCAUUGCGGCCUCGAGUGUUUAAAGUUUGUGUUUGGUCGAAGCAAGGUUGAACAUUUCUGAUAACGUAGUAGUUUUUCAUUUACUCUUAUCUUUUGUAUGCGUCCGUCCCUCUGUGUUUGAAUGUAAUGAACAAAGCCAAUCGGCAAUUGGUGCUUGUAAUCUACAAGUUUUACUCCAUUCUAAAUCCAAUCAUGCAUGCUCUUUUAAG